CAGACAGCUUGGAGAGUCGUGGCUGUGCUCUAAGCUGAGUGAGGGCUGACAGGGCUGUCCUCCAUGUUUUAAUAAGUACUGACAUAUCACACAGAAUUUUUAGCCAUGCAGCCACAGAGUGUUACAAAGGAGGAGGGGAAAACGGAAAACUACACUGAAGCAGAAGAAAUGGAGAUCUCCACAAGAUCCAAAGAUGCAGGAUCAACAGAGAGGCUGGCCCAGAAGAGGAAAAUCCCUAGUCCUUCAAACUCAUCCAGUGGCCACUCCCCUGCUGAAAGCUCACCCUGCCCAGUGAAAAAGAAGAAAAAACCCGGAGCUGGUAGCAGCACCAAGGACCAGUCUGAGCUAAGACACGGUCCCUUUUACUAUGCCAAGCAGCCAUCACUCACCACAGACCCUGUUGAUGUUGUACCGCAGGACGGCAGGAACGACUUUUACUGCUGGCUGUGCCACCGCGAGGGCCAGGUGCUCUGCUGUGAGCUCUGCCCCAGGGUGUACCACGCCAAGUGUCUCAAACUGCCAGCUGAGCCCGAGGGCGACUGGUUCUGUCCAGAAUGUGAGAAAAUAACAGUUGCUGAGUGUAUAGAGACGCAGAGCAAGGCCAUGAUGAUGCUCACUACAGACCAACUUUCUUAUCUACUUAAGUUUGCUUUGCAGAAGAUGAAGCAACCAGGUGAUCAUCCGCGCUUGUCAUCUCGCUCCCCACAUGCAGCUUCCUCGCAGAGAAAGACUUUUAAUUGGACUGAACCUUUCCAGAAACCAGUGUCUCUUGAACAGCAUCCGGAUUACGCAGAGUAUAUAUUUCAUCCGAUGGAUCUUUGCACACUUGAGAAGAAUAUCAAAAAGAAAAUGUACGGCUGCACGGAGGCCUUUCUGGCAGAUGUUAAAUGGAUUUUGCACAAUUGCAUUAUCUACAAUGGAGGCAAUCACAAGCUCACAGCUACAGCUAAAGUGAUAGUAAAAAUCUGUGAACACGAGAUGUAUGAGAUUGAAGUGUGUCCUGAGUGUUACCUGUCCGCCUGCCAAAAGAGAGAAAACUGGUUCUGUGAGCCAUGCAGCCACCCUCACCCUCUCGUAUGGGCCAAAUUGAAAGGAUUUCCGUUCUGGCCUGCUAAAGCGUUACGGGACAAAGACGGACAGGUGGACGCUCGCUUCUUUGGCCAACAUGACAGGGCCUGGGUUCCUCUGAACAACUGCUACCUCAUGUCCAAAGAGAUUCCCUUUUCUGUGAAGAAGACCAAAAGCAUUUUCAACAGUGCCAUGCAAGAGAUGGAGGUCUAUGUGGAGAACAUGAGAAAGAAGUUUGGCGUGUUUAACUAUGCCCUCUUCAGGACGCCGUACACCCCUGACAAUAGCUUCCAGCUGCUUCUCGACCCUUCAAAUCCCUCGUCCACCGCCGUAAAACCCGAGAAACCGGAGAAGAUAAAGCUGAGCAUCGAUAUGUUGGCGUCGCCCAAGAUCACCCUGACCAGGGCGGUGCUGUCAGGACUGGGGGAAAGAACAACGGGACAGCGGCAUCCUCUCGGAGACGGGCAGCGGUCCCCCAUGAGCACCAACUCCUCUGCACAUUGUGGCUCCGAUGGGGAGCAGGAAACGGCAGACAGGACGCAGACCAAAUCUGCAAACAGCCAGUCCAGUGCAGGAGAAGAGUCCACUGACUGCACAGGAAAUUCCCUAGACAGCUCGAAACCACCCCACUCUCAGACUCCUGACACAUCCAAGCAGGAAAAGGCGCCACAGACCGGAAGCAUUCUAAACCUUAAUCUAGAUCGAAGUAAAGCGGAAAUGGAUCUAAAGGAGCUCAGUGAGACGGUUCAGCAGAAACAGGGAGCCGCUCCGGUCCUCACCUCUCCAAAAAGACAGAUCAAGAGCCGCUUCCAGCUAAACUUGGACAAGACAAUUGAGAGCUGCAAGGCACAGUUGGGUAUUGAUGAAAUCUCGGUGGACGUUUAUAAAGGUGUGGAGCACAGCGACUCUGAAGACUCUGACAAAUCCGACUCCAGCGAGAGCGAGUACGCCACAGAUGAAGAGUCAAAGUCUAAGCCUGGCCAAGACUCUGCCGCCAAAAGGGAACCGCAGAAGGAGCUCACUAGGAGUAAAGCGAAAGAGCAACCUUCUGUAAGCCAGACGGAGAAAGACAAAGCCGACCCACUUGUGCCAAACACCAUGGAUGAUUCCAGUGCGUCUGUGUCUGAUGGCGAAACUGAACAGAAAACGAGCACCGGUUUGGGUAAAGAGAACCCAGAUAUGACUGAAGCAGCUCUAGAAGCCCCGGUGUCCAAGGAAAAGUGUCAGGUGAAACUAAAGGAGGCAAAGCAGACAGUUCCCACCGAGGACUCUGACUCAGAGAAGGAGCUGGUUAUCGAUCUUGGGGAAGAACAGCAGGGCAAGGAGAAAAAGAGAAGCAGAAAAGACAGCACUGUCAAAGAGUCAACUGUUGGGAAAUCUGAAGUCAGCCACUCGUCCGUCUCCAGCGCCGCCACAACGCCGUCAUCUUCCUCAUCGGUUUCAGCUGCACCAGCUUUGAAGAAACAGCGCCCUCUGCUGCCCAGAGAGACGGUGCCGGUGGUUCAGCGAGCCGUCGUGUGGAGUCCCGCUGCAAAGUUUCAGACGUCCUCCCAGAAGUGGCACAUGCAGAAGGUGCAGCGGCAGCAGCAAACCCAGCAGCUCGUCGUGGCCCCACAAACGCAGGCAUCCUCGCCCAGACACAGCCAGGCCCAGGUUCUGACCCAGACACAAGUAGCGGGAAAUGGCUCUGCGGCGGUUCCUUCGUCGUCGUCCUCAGCGCAGCAGUCCUCACAAAGCUCUCGCUAUCAGACAAGACAGGCUGCCAAAGCCGUUCAACAAAAAGACCCAUCCAUCAGCACGUCCACACCUGCUGGUACUCUGGUACCUAGCAGUCCAGCUUCUGUUACCAUGGUAGCUCCUUCAGGUUUGGGCACACCUGCGUCAUCGCUGGCUGGAACAGACCCGUAUAUUCCCACUGCCUCGGCAGAUGUGGCUGCAGACAUUGCAAAAUAUACAAAUAAAAUAAUGGAUGCAAUUAAAGGCACAAUGACUGAGAUGUACAAUGACCUCUCUAAAGGUUCUUCAGGGAACACAAUAGGAGAGAUAAAACGGCUGAGAAUUGAAAUAGAAAAACUACAAUGGCUACAUCAGCAGGAGCUGUCUGAAAUGAAGCACAAUCUCGAGCUGACGAUGGCAGAAAUGAGACAGAGUCUGGAGCAGGAGAGGGAAAGGUUAAUGGCCGAAGUGAAGAAGCAGAUGGAGCUGGAGAAGCAGCAGGCUGUGGAUGAGACCAAGAAAAAACAGUGGUGCGCAAACUGCAGGAAGGAGGCCAUCUUCUACUGCUGCUGGAACACCAGCUACUGUGAUUACCCAUGUCAGCAAGCCCAUUGGCCAGAACACAUGAAGUCCUGCACUCAGUCAGCAACCGCCCCACAGCAAGAACCUGAGGCUGAACCAAAGGCAGAAGUGCCAAACAAAGGUGCAGGGCAGACAAGCAGUGGCCCUAAUACCCACAGAGAUGCCCCAGUGUCUGCCUCUUCAGACAAAGACUGUGACACAGAAAAAAGUACUGAAAAUGUUGCUGUGACCUUGUCAUAACCCAACAUGAAAAUGUAAAAUUAUGUAUGUUUUACUACUA